GCCUUGGCUUCAGGCUGUUCACGAUGUUUGUACUUUGGCUCGGGAACCUCGCUGACAGAGGUGGAUUGUGAGUGUCAAUCCGGCUCCUCGCCUCUCGACAACAACACAACAACAAACAACACAACAACAACACAAACAACAACACGAGUGCAAGAUAGAUUCUUUGUACUCCUUGGCUUCAGGCUGUUCACGAUGUUUGUACUUUGGCUCGGGAACUUCGCUGACAGAGGUGGAUUGUGAGUGUCAAUCCGGCUCCUCGCCUCUCGACAACACAACAUAACAACACAACAACACAACAACAACACGAGUGCAAGAUAGAUCCUUUGUACUCCUUGGCCUCAGGCUGUUCACGAUGUUUGUAUUUUGGCUCUGGAACCUUCGCUGACAGAGGUUGAUUGUGAGUGUCAAUCCGGCUCAUCGCCUCUCGACAACAACAACAACACAACAACAACACACAACAACAACACAACAACGAGUGCAAGAUAGAUCCUUUGUACGCCUUGGCCUCAGGCUGUUCACGAUGUUUGUACUUUGGCUCGAGAACCUCGCUGACAGAGGUGGAUUGUGAGUGUCAAUCCGGCUCCUCGCCUCUCGACAACAACAACACAACAACAAACAACACAACAACAACAACACAAACAACAACACGAGUGCAAGAUAGAUUCUUUGUACUCCUUGGCUUCAGGCUGUUCACGAUGUUUGUACUUUGGCUCGGGAACUUCGCUGACAGAGGUGGAUUGUGAGUGUCAAUCCGGCUCCUCGCCUCUCGACAACAACAACACAACAACAACAACACAACAACAACAUAACAACAACACACAACAACAACACAACAACGAGUGCAAGAUAGAUCCUUUGUACGCCUUGGCCUCAGGCUGUUCACGAUGUUUGUACUUUGGCUCGAGAACCUCGCUGACAGAGGUGGAUUGUGAGUGUCAAUCCGGCUCCUCGCCUCUCGACAACAACACAACAACAACACAACAACACACAACACAACAACAACACAACAACACGAGUGCAAGAUAGAUCCUUUGUACGCCUUGGCCUCAGGCUGUUCACGAUGUUUGUACUUUGGCUCGGGAACCUCGCUGACAGAGGUUGAUUGUGAGUGUCAAUCCGGCUCCUCGCCUCUCGACAACAACAACACAACAACAACAACACACAACAACAACACAACAACACGAGUGCAAGAUAGAUCCUUUGUAAACCUUGGCCUCAGGCUGUUCACGAUGUUUGUACUUUGGCUCGGGAACCUCGCUGACAGAGGUGGAUUGUGAGUGUCAAUCCGGCCCAUCGCCUCUCGACAACAACACAACAAACAACACAAUACCAACAACACAACAACAACACAACACGAGUGUGAGACAUGAGCAAUCAGAACCCCGUAGUUAACACCUCGGCCAGAGGGCUCAAGCAGCUGUAAAGCUUCCCCCCGUGUUGCCGUGUGGGCGAUUAUAGUUGUUGAGAGAGAGGGAGUCUUUGUCGUGAUUGGUGAUGAUUUCAUGUUGGUGGUGUGUUUUUUUGUGUGUUUUACAAGUCUUUAGGCAGGGGAGGAUACAUGCUACAUGUUACUUAGUUGGGAUUUCAAGAAGUAAGGAGCUGGUGGCUUGAGCCAUAAGCAGCAGUUGGAUUUGACCGAGACAGGAGAAAGGGCAAGAGGGGGAUGAGGAGACCGCACAGCUUCCUGAAGCCACGGCCAUUGUCAGCAGAAGCAGCGGUCGGUCCUGUCACAAGAUCUUUUUUUAUUUUAAACAACUCCCGGGGACCACGCUCUUGCGCGCACUCUCCAAUAUUCGCUCAACGUCUGCUCUCUCCUAAGAAGCUACGAGGCUCGAUUUUUUUUUACGUUUCACGAACGUCCGAUGUAGACGCCACCACCGGCAUCUAUUGCACAGCGGUUGAACUCCCGACUCUGGGUCCGAACAGGCAACCGGACAUACGGGCAGAUGCGGACGUGAGUGACGACCAGGCCAGCGAGGCAAUCGCGGGGGCCGCGUUCGGCGCGAACGGAAACAUCCAGUACCAGUUCCGGACCGAGUCGUGCAGCGGGCAGGUCACCUACAGGGUGGUGCAGGUGACGGACGAGCUGGUGAGCGGCGACGGCGCCGGCGGCGCCGGUGGGGUCAGCGUCGUCACCACGGCCGGGUUCCCAUCCUCCAACCAGACGGUCACGCAGGCGGUCAUCCAGGGGGCGUUCAGCACGGGCGAGAGCGCUGAGGAGGAGUCGGGCGGGGAGACGCGGUUUGCUUAUUUCCCCGCCUCGGCGGUCGGUGGCGAUGGCACGGCCAUUGUGGCGGCACAGUCCGGGGAAACCACGCUCAGCCAGGCCGUGGCGAGCGCCGGCGGUCAGUUCUACGUGAUGAUGGCUCCUCAGGAGGUCUUGCAAGCGACGGGGCAGAGGACCAUCGCUCCUCGGACGCACGCCUUCUCCGCAUCCAAAGGGGAAGGACCUCGCACUGUGAGGGAUGACAAACGAAGGGCUCAGCACAAUGAAGUGGAGCGACGCCGACGGGACAAGAUAAACAACUGGAUCGUGCAGCUCUCCAAAAUCUUGCCCGACAGCGUCACGGAGAACAGCAAGACGGGCCAGGAGCAGAGCAAGGGGGGCAUCCUCUCCAAGGCCUGCGACUACAUCCAGGAGCUGAGGCAGACCCAGCAGCAGCUGGCCGACAACAUCAAGGAGACGGAGCGCCUCCACAUGGACAACGAGCUGCUCCGGCAGCAGGUGGAGGAGCUCAGGAGCAAGAACACGAUGCUGCGUGCACACUUGCAGCAGAACGGCAUCACCGUGAUGGUGUCCAGCCCGGGCCAGUAGCGGACUCCGCCGUACUCGCGGGCGCACGCACACGUACACACACACACGUACACACAGGCACGCACAGGCACGUACACACACACAGGCACGCACACACAGGCACGCACACACCGCGCAC